AGAAAAACUAAACCUCCUGUUUCCACCUCGGCUCUGUCAGGUCGAUGCUGACAGAGGAGAACGUCGCUGGACUAAAGAGGAACAACCACACAGGAGAAAAGGUCUGAGGAGCUCCAGCAUGUCUGCUUCAGCGUGGGUCAUCACCUGGGUGCUACUGUCACAACCCGUCUUCUGCUGGUCCCAACUUAUGUUCAUGAGAAGCAUCUCAGCUGGAGCAGGACAGACCGUCACUCUGCCAUGUCAGUAUCCUGACAACAACACCAUCUCAGUGGUAGGGUGGAGCAGAACCGACCUUAUGGAAGAGUACGUCCUGCUCUAUCGGAAUGAGGAGAUGGAUAAAUCCCAUCAGAAGCCGUCUUACUGGGACCGGGUGGAUCUGCAGAACAGACUCAUGCAGAAUGGAGACGUGUCUUUGGUUCUGAAGGAUGUUAGAACUUCUGACAGUGGAACCUAUGAGUGUAGAGUGGUCCACAGUGGCUUAAGUGAAGCUAAAUUGGGAAAUGGUCCCAUCUGCACCAUCCACCUGGAUGUAGCUCCUCCUCCUCCAGGGAACAAGGAUGGAGACACAGAGGACCAGGAUGAAGGGAACAAGGAUGGAGGGAACAAGGGGGAAGGGAACCUGAAUGAAGGGAACUUGAAUGAAGAGAACAGGGAUGAAGGGAACAAGGAUGACGGGAACCAGAAUGAAGGGAACAAGGAUGACGGGAACCAGAAUGAAGGGAACAAGGAUGAGGGGAACCAGAAUGAAGGGAACAAAGAUGAAGGGAACCAGAAUGAAGGGAACAAGGAUGAAGGGCUCCAGAAUGAAGGGAACAAGGGUGAAGGGAACAAAGAGGAAGGGAACAAAGAUGAAGGGAACCAGAAUGUAGGGAACAAAGAUGAAGGGAACCAGAAUGAAUGGAACAUGGAUGAAGGGAACCAGAAUGAAGGAAACAAAGAUGAAGGGCUCCAGAAUGAAGGGAACAAGGAUGAAGGGAACCACAAUGAAGGGAACCAGAAUGUAGGGAAAAAAGAUGAAGGGAACCAGAAUGAAGAGAACAAGGAUGAAGGGAACCAGAAUGAAGAGAACAAAGAUAAAGGGAACGAGGAUGAAGGGAACAAGGAUGAAGGGAUCGAGGAUGAAGGGAACAAGGAUAAAGGGAUCAAGGAUGAAGGGAACCAGCAUAAAAAUAACCAGGAAAAGGACUACCAGGAUGAAUGGUACCAAGAUGGAGGCAACAUGGAUGAAAAGAACCUUGAUAGAAGGAACCAGUAUAAAGCGAUCAAGCAGGAAGUGUACCAGAAUGAGGAGGAAGUGACGGGAGGAUCCAUUCUUCCACCCAUUGUCUUUAUGUUCCUUCUCACUGCUGCAGCUUUUCUGGUUGUCAGAGUUCGUUGUGUGAGACGACAGAUCUUCAGAGAGAGGAUGCACAAAGGAAGGCUGUUGUAGUAGUCAGAGCCUCACAAGGAGAAUAUCUGGAGCCGAACCCAUGUACGAGUUACUCUGCAGCUGAUGGUUCCUAAAAGAACUCAAACGAUCCAGGACAUGUCUCCACGUUUAAAGCUCAGGUUAGCAGCUAAGCUAACUUAGUGUAAACUUGGUUCCUGUUCAUCUCUUUUUAAUCCGAUUUCUCUCAGAUCUUUCCGGAUUUAGCUCCCUCCAUCCUCCCAUCAACAUGACCAGAUUCCCUGUCCCUGGGGAAGAAACAAUCCCCACAGCAUGAUGCUGCCACCACCAUGCUUCACUGUGGAGAUGAUGUGUUCAUGGUGCUGGGAAGUGUUCAUUUUCACCACAUGCAGAAUUCUGGAUGUAGACCUAAAUGUUCCUGUUUGGUUUGAUCAGAGAACAUCUGUCCACAUGUUGGGCUCCAUCCUCCCUCCAGGUCCAGGUUGAUCAGAGCUCUGGGAGAUGUUCAAAGCUUGAAUUUAGCUUUAGAACCUAACCCUGCUUUAAACUGGACCAGAACUUUCUCCCUGACCCGUCUGCUGGGUUCCUUGGUCUCUGUGGUGCUGAUUGGACUGAGGUGACACAGAUGGACUCUGGCUCCUGAUUGGGUCGUGUCUACAGGUGGUGCUGGUUUUUAUUUAGGGGUAUCAAAAUAAAGGGGGUCUGAUUUUUGUAGUUUGUAUAUUUUUAAAUAAUGUUAGACUGUAGAUCAUUCUACUUUCACUUCACAGUUUUGUAAAAAAGUGAGAUGGUCUGUAACAUGAGAUCCAUUAAAACGGAUGGAAAGUGAAGCAUUCUGGGUAAUAAAAGCUUUGCAUGGUUCUG